UUUUCAUAAACUAUUUACAGUACUAUAGUAAUCGAUGCAAAAUAAUCGAAGCAAUAGUUGCGUUCAGCAGAAAAGCAGCUUUGCAAAUGUUGUAAAAUUCUUUAACACGAUUGGUCUUAAUUCCUGACGAAUCAAUGAUUACGUUCAGAAAACACAAGUGAUCAGUGAGCGGUCAAUGAUUAUUGGUCCUUACUGUUAGAUCUCUAAAUUUAGACCAAUUAUAUUAGCGAAUUACUCAAUUGUUGUGCAACGGUUGUGUUUUCUGAACGUAGCCAAUGCAUAAAGCAAUCAUGUAAAAGAAUUUGGCCGCGUUAUUUGAUAUGAUUAGUUUAUAGUAUAAUUUAUUAAUUAAUUUAAUAAACUUAUAAUAAAAUUUAUUUAUUAAUUUAAUAAUCUUUAUACAUUUAGAUCACAGAAGAACUAAUUAAGCAAGAACCAGUUGUGUUGAAAAAUUUUACAAUAGUUGCAAAACUGCUUUUUCUGCUAAACGCAACUAUUGAGUGCAUUCAGCAAACGGAUCAAUGUGCGUUCAGUGAUAUGGUUUUUUUUUUUAAUUAACACUGCUACACUGGUACAAUAAGUUAAAGCUGUUAAAGUAUAGAGACCAUGAUAAAAAAUAGGUUUCUUCUAUACGGUGCAAAUUCAUUUGAAGUAUCAAAUAUCUACUUGACGCUACAAACGCUACCAAACAUUAAUUGGUCAAUUUAUAAAAUUUUUGUUCUCAUUCAUAAAAUGCUUUGAACCAUUUAUAGCAUCAAACUUUAGUCUUAAAAAAUUUUAACUUAAAGUAAUAAAUAAUUUUAAUUACUUUAUUUCGUAAUUAAAUGAUUUACGUAAUAGUAGCAGAUGUACAUUUGUUCUGCAUUGGCAAUUUAUCAUUAGUAGAUUUUAUUCAAUUCUUGUUGCAAUUUUGUUGAUAUCAAUUAAUAUAACAAACGUUUUUAUUUUAUUUUAUUUUAUUUUACUGAAAGAUUUACGAUCGAUAUUUUCAAAAUUUGCGCUCAACAGAAUUAGCUGACGUACGAGCGAAGAGAUCUGGCACGUGCGACACAUUCAAAACACUGUUGGAACUUUUCAAAACACGUAGAGGAACUUUGCGUCCGAGAAGUACUUCAAAAGUCAAAAACUAUAAACACUUCCGUCAGCCGUUUGAAAUUUAAUUGCUCCAUCGAAUAGGUCUGCAGUCAUCGAAAUCAAGUGUGUAGAAGACAGUAAAAGUUUAACAGUUACAAAACUUUUCAAGAAUGGAAGAAGAAUCGAAAAAGAUUAAUAAAAUACCUCUCGAGUUUUCUAUUUUAUUCAUAAACGGUGUACAGGAAGAUUUCGAUGAAAAUUUUUCUUUCCUGGAACGUCAUAUAUUAUUUCGUAUACGAGCAAAACUGAUUUCCACUGAGUUUGUGGAAUGCGACGAAAAUGUAAUAAAGGUAAAUUUCAACAAUAUUUUAAACAUCUUUCUUGCAUACAUGCACGCGCUCAUACAUACGCGUUUACAUUAUAUUUGUAAAAAUUUAUGUUUUACACAGGAAAAUUUAAUUUCUAUGACCGAUAAGAAUGAAUGCAAUAUUAUUCUCGUUCUUGACAAUCCUAAGUCUUCCUCGACAAAAGAUGUUGUAUAUGAAGCGAUUACGAAAGUUAAAGAUAAUAUCUUUGGUAAACUAGACAAAUGGGUGUCAGCUCUAAGUAACAUAAUAUAUACCUUGAAACGUCCCAUAUGUGGAGUACGAAAGCAAACACUUAUUAUCAGUAUGUGUGCUCCUUGGCUAACUAUAUCACAAAAUUUAAAAGACGCAAAAAAAUCAAUGUUGAUAAUAACACACUUAAUAAAGAAGCAAUAUAAAUUGAAUAACUCUUUGAAUAACAAGGAAGAAGAUUAUUGUGAUUUACACAGUUUACAUAAUUGCCCUUGUUGCGAAGAAAAAAUAUGUUGUGACAAUAUUAACACAAAUUCUGACGAUGAAAGCCCCUCGCAUUCCAAUUCCAAGGAAGAGAAGUGUGGUGAUAAGAACGAUAAAGAAGAAAUGGAUGAAGAAGAAAGGCAUAUUCUUUCAGUGGAGAAAAGAAUAGAAAUAAUGCGUGAUAUAAUAAAACAGACUAUGCCGGAAAUAGAAAUAGUACGUACGAAAGAUGCCUAUGGCAGAAUAUUGGCCGAAGAUAUGUAUUCCGUAGCAGACGUGCCGUCUUUUAGGACUUCUGCCAAACAUGGAUAUGCAGUGCUGGCCAGCGACGGGAUAGGUAUAAGGGAAGUACGGGCAGCAUCACCUACGGCCGAUGAGAUUUCGAUCGUAUCUGGCACGUGCAUGUUGGUAAGGAGUGGAACAGCUAUACCCAACGGAGCAACGGCAGUUGUAACGCCUCAGUACGUAAACGUAACGAAACAAUGUAAGGAUAAUGAUAACAAUGACAGGGUACGGGAAAUUGACGUCUUAAUUGAACCAGAAAAGAACAAGAAUAUUAGACACGUUGGCUGUGAAAUAGAACACGGUCAACAAAUUUUAAAAGCACAUUGCCAUCUUGGACCAGCAGAAUUAGGAAUUUUGAUAUUAUGUGGUAUGGUGGAAGUUCCAGUCUUUAAAGUCCCAUCGGUAGGUUUAUUAUCGAUCGGAGAUAUGUUGGAAGAACCUGGAAAUGUUUUAACUUCAGGACGCAUUUAUGACGGCAACAGGAUAACUCUUACCUCUUUGUUGAAAGAGAACGACUACGAUCCCGUUGACUUUGGAAUUUCGGCUGAUCAGUUGAACGCUAUAAUCGACAAAAUCAAGAAUGCUUUAGAAAAAGUAGAUGUACUCGUGACGAUGGGCCGUGCAAACGAUAAAGAUAUGUUAAAAAAUAUCUUGAAACAAAACUUUAAUGCCACUAUACAUUUCGAUUACGUGGAUAUGAAACCAGGAAAAUCGACGACGUUUGCAACGUGCGAGAUUGACGACAAACGAAAGUAUUUCCUGUGCAUGUCGGCAAACCCAGUAACCGUUCCCACUGUCGCCCAUAUAUUUCUUCUGCCUCUUCUGAACGAAUUGCGUUGCUACACCGCGGAGCCCGUCCGCGCAAGUGCUCGUGUAAGACUCGUUUUCUCGUAUUUCAAGCGUAUGAAAAGAGACGCGAUCAUCGAUAUAAGUUGUCGCAAUUACAGAUGUACUCGCCACCCAAGCACGAUAAAAGUUUGUUUUCCGAGGAUAGAAAAAACCAAAAAGUUUGAUGAAAUGGCUCUCAAGUGCUCUGUUUUAUUCGUAGGUGAUGAGGAAGAAUUCAUUAGAAAUUUUCCUUUUCUGGAAUAUACUAUAGACAAUCUAAACGCAACGUUGAUUUCCACUGAUGUUGUGGAAUGUGAUGAAAACGUAUUAAGGAGAUUGUUAAUUUCUCUGACCGAUAAGAAUGAAUGCAAUAUUAUUAUUGUAUUUGGCGAUCCUGAAUUUUCCUCAACAAAGGAUGUUGUAUAUGAAGCGAUUACGAAAGUCAUAGAUGAUAAUAUCUUUAAAGAACUAAAUAUAGCAGUAUCAAUUCUAAACAACUUAUUGAAUAACUUGAAACGAUCCAUAUGUGGAGUACGAAAGCAAACACUUAUCAUCAGUAUGUGCGACUCUUGGCAAACUGUACUACAAAGUUUAGAGGACGUUAAACAAAUUUUUACCUCAAUAAUAUUUUUGAUAAACAGUUCCAAGGGAGAAAUAUAUUGUGACAAUAAUAUAAAGCUUGAUAAUGCUGGACCUUCGCAUUCCAUUUCCAAGGAAGAAAUGUAUAUGGCCAAUAAUAACGAGAAAGAAGAAACAAAUAGAGAAGAAAAAAUUAACACUUUUGUGAUAAGAGAAAUGGAAAUAAUGCGUAAUAUAAUAGAAUCGACACCGCCGCAAACAGAAGUUAUGUAUACGAAACUCGCCCAUGGCAGAAUACUGGCCGAAGAUAUACAUUCUACAGCAAACGUGCCGGCUUUUAGGUCUUCUACCAAACAUGGAUAUGCGGUGCUGGCCAGCGACGGGAUGGGCACGAGGGAAGUACGGGCAGCACCUCCCACGGCCAUCGACAAUCAGAUUUCGGUCGCACCUGGCACGUGCAUGUGGGUAAGAAGCAGACAACCUAUACCCGACGGUGAGAAAGAUCACAAUUUGUUUGUAAAUUGCAUUUUUCUGCUUACGAAUUUUAAUUACUGUUUCCAUGUACGGUUUGUGUGUAGGAGCCACGGCAGUUGUAAAGCCAAUAAUUUAUUUUAUCCUCAAAGACACAUUGGCUGCGAGAUAAAAGACAAACAACAAAUUUUACAAGCACGCUGUCGUCUUGGACCAGCAGAAUUGGGACUUUUGACAUUAUGUGGCAUCGUGGCAGUUCCAGUUUUUAAAGUUCCAUCGGUAGGUUGUUUAUCGAUCGGAGACGAGUUAAAAGAACUCGGAAAUAACUUACCACCAGGAUGUGUGUAUGACAGCAACAGGAUAACUCUGAUCUCCUUAUUAAAAGAAAACGAUUACGAUCCCGUGGACUUUGGAAUUUCGGCUGAUCAGUUGAACGCUAUAAUCGACAAAAUCAAGAAUGCUUUAGAAAAAGUAGAUGUACUCGUGACGAUGGGCCGGGCAAACGACAAAGAUAUGUUAAAGAAUAUCUUGAAGCACAGUUUUAAUGCCACUAUACAUUUCGGUUGCGUGGAUAUGAAGCCGGGAAAAUCAACGACGUUCGCAACGUGCGAGUUUCAAGGUAAACGGAAGUAUCUUCUGUGCAUGUCGGCAAAUCCGGCAACGGUUCCUGUUGUCGCGCAUGUAUUACUUCUGCCGCUUCUGAACGGACUACGCUGCUGCUCCGCGGAACCCAUCGGCAUGCACGCUCGCGUAAGACUCGUUUUCUGGUAUAUAUACUCGCCGCUCAAGCUGCAUUCACGGCCGGAAUUUUUAUGGACGAACUUGUAUUGGACGAACGACGAGGAUACAUUUGCAAAGGUUUCGCACUCCGAAAGUCAACAGAACGUGAUGAAGUAUCCAGGUGCCAAUGCACUUCUAAUGCUUCCCCGGCGUACGUUGGAGUAUUCAACAUUAGAACCUUCAUACGUACCAGCGCUACUUCCCGACUUGAAGUAA